AUGGCACUUCUGAAAGUCAAAUUCAAUCAGAAGAAACGGGUAAAACUAGCACAGGGACUAUGGCUCAUGAACUGGUUUUCGGUGUUCGCUGGAAUCCUUGUUUUUAGCAUGGGAUUGUUCCUCAAAAUUGAGCUCCGGAAGCGAAGCGAAGUGAUGGACAAUUCUGAAAGCCAUUUUGUGCCCAAUUCUUUGAUAUUGAUGGGUAUAUUAUCCUGCGCCUUCAAUGGUUUUGCUGGAAAAAUUUGUUACGAUUCUCUGGAUCCCGCUAAAUUUGCCAAGUGGAAGCCUUUGCUGAAACCAUACCUGGCACUAUGCUGCGUCUUUAACAUGCUCAUUUUCUUCGUGGCUCUGAUUUGCUUUCUCAUGAGGGGCUCCCUGGAGAGCACCCUGGCCCAGGGGCUCAAGAACGGCAUGAAGUUCUACCGGGACACGGACACCCCCGGAAGAUGCUUCAUGAAGAAGACCAUCGACAUGCUCCAGAUUGAGUUCAAGUGCUGUGGCAACAACGGCUACAAAGAUUGGUUCGAAAUCCAGUGGAUCAGCAACAGAUAUCUGGACUUCAGCUCCAAAGAAGUGAAAGACCGGAUCAAAAGCAACGUGGACGGGAGGUACCUGGUGGACGGCGUCCCCUUCAGCUGCUGCAACCCCAGCUCCCCCAGGCCCUGCAUCCAGUACCAGGUCACCAACAACUCUGCCCACUACAGCUACGACUACCAAACCGAGGAGCUCAACCUGUGGCGCCGCGGCUGCCGGGAAGCACUGCUCAACUACUACAGCGGCAUGAUGAGCUCCAUGGGCGCCGUCAUCCUCCUCGUCUGGCUCUUCGAGAUGUCGGUGAUGGUUGGCUUGCGCCUCCUGCACACCUCCCUGGAAAGCAUCGCCAACCCCGAAGACCCCGAAUGCGAAAGCGAAGGGUGGGUCCUGGAGAACAGCCUGAAGGACACUUUCAAAUCUGCGCUGGAGAACUUGAAAAAGCUGGGUAAGUUCAACCAGGUGGAAGCAGGAGCCGAAGGGGCCGAAGGAGAGGAAGGUGGGAAGACGCCAGCCAUCACAACAGUCAGCUGAGCUGCUCAUCCAGGUGGACUUUGUCUCAGAGAAAAGCAACACAAACUGAGAAUUGUGAAUGUAUCUACGUUGUAAAAGCUAUGUAUCAACCACCAGAACACACAUUUCUACGCAUGUUCACUUUUGUACAUGGGAACAUACAACACAGUGCACCCUGGGAUAAAACACUUAUCCACAAUGUGAGUACACCAUAUCCAUAUCCUUUUGGGAAUAUGACCCCAACUAGGACUUGCAAUAUUGACGUGUUCCCUUAUCAGAGACAAUUAGUUUAAGGAAAAAAAAAUUUUAAAAAAAAGAUUGCUGGCAUCACAUGGCUAUCCAUUCCAUCCUAUUUUGAAAUUAAAAGUGGAAUUUGAAAAGUUAAUAUUUUUUGCUCAAGUUGUUUCAUCAGCAUACUUUCUGUACUUCAGCUUUUAAGGACAAAUAGAUUGGGUUUCUGGAGAGUAACAUGAUAGAAUUCAAAGAAGGAAGGAUUUCCAGAAUUGUAUAUAACUUAGUAUACAGGUAUUUUGACAAACCUCUCAUAUGUGAUUUUUGUUAAUGUGCUAAGCAAUGGUAUUUUCUGCUGUAUUCUUAAGAUGUACAUAGAACAAGAUGCAAACUUAUGCUGAGAAUUUAUGUACUAAGCAAAAAUUGUAAUUUAAUGAAGCAUCCAAGCAUCAUAAAAACAACAUUCAGGUAAGAUUGAAGGGGUUUAUUUCUCAGGGUUUUUUGCAGGCUUGUAUCUUGAAUGUAUGUGUGUAGACUAAUGCUUCACCUUGUAUUUAAAUUCUUUGCAGAAGCAUAGAAAAUUCAUCUUUUAGUGGGUGAAAUCCAGGCUAUGAGCAUGUGCCAGUUAUGGCUACUCUGGAUAUUUUACAGAGUAUGUCAUCUCAUAACUUGCUACAGAAUAUUCAAGCCCAACUAUUUUUAAGGCAAGAAAAAGGCAAACCCAAAUCCAACCCACUUAGAACUCACACUUUAAGUAUUUCUAGGGGCCUAGAAAGUGGAUACCAUUCAUCCACAAAUACAUCAAGCCUCACCCUUCCAGGCCAGGGAAAACUAGGUUUCAAGCAAAGCCCAAUGUACAAAUUUUACUUUAUCAUUGAUAGGGUGCUCCUCAUUAUAUCUUUUAAAUUCCCUUUUCAGGGAAGGCACAUUUUGCAUAUGCUGCAUCUCUCCAUAAUGUCAUAGCUGGAGGAUGUUGUUCUCAAGUUGAAAUAAAACACGAAAAGAGUUUGCUGUGGCAUGCAGCCUCUAAUAAGGGAACAGAGCCUCAUCUUGAAUUUAUUUUGCCAGAUAAUUUCAAUUAAAGGGAAAGAAACCUGAGAGAACAAGCCCCAGCCCCCUGCACCAACGAUUGCAGACACCUCAGUUCCUCCCUGCAAGCCAGGCACCACACUGACUUUUACCCUGGCUGUGCAAACCCUCUACUUCUCCAGUGUCCCUGGGAGAGGUUUCUCAGUGGGUCCCUUCUCCCUGGCUGGUGGCCGCCCCUCAAAGGGGACGUGUUUGCAGCUGUGUCACCACUGCACAGCCCACUGGUUUCCAUUCUUAGUCACUUGUGCACUUGCCCCAGCAGCACUCAGCUCCUCCGGCUUCUGUCCCAAUUCCUUCUAGGAUGGACAGAUCAGUUCAAGGCAGGACAAGCAGGGAUCUGUCCGUACCUCAUGCUGUAGUUUCCAUCUCAGUGCCCAGGGUGUUUCAAGCCACCUGCACUCAAGGUUUGAUUUUGACAGGUGUCUGUGGUGUCCUUUCACUUUCUCAAAGCUGGUCAAAGCUUUC